UUUUUUUUUGCGAAAUUAUUCUAUUUCCCCAUUGUGGUCAUAGCUGAAUAGUGAACAGACUCGCGUGAUUAUUGUUUAUUUUCUUGUCUCCACGCUACAAACAAGCGGGCGAAUUUAUUGUGUUUAUUUAUUUUUAAGCCAGAUUAAAAAUGCCUCGUUAUAUUAACCACAUGCGUUCACAUCCAGUCUUUGUGUGGCCAAACUGCUGCCUCCGUGAAACCACACUGGCACUUCAAUGGAAACUCAUUAUACGUCGACAGACCAGAGGAAUGCACUGGUGGAAGGAAAGAACAAAAAUCAUGUCAUUUCCAAAGAGUGAAUAAUUUUUUCUGGAUGGGUGUUGGUGGGGGUGAGGGUGAGAGGGAGGGAGGGAGGGGGGCACACAGGGAGGCAGCCCUCGUAAGAAGCCCAUAUGAUGGUAAACCGAGAGCUGGGAACUGCCCCCCCUGUUAAGUAGCCGAUGGUGGAAAGAUUCUUCCCAUUUGGAGGGAGAGGCUUUACCUCCUCAGACAUCUGCCGCCGGAGCUUCCAGUAGCCACACAGGAGACACAGGCACUUUCUUUCCAGAGGGGGAGGCAGAAAGAAAGGCUGUUCUCGAACACUGGUGUGUGCCGUAUUUAUUUUGGGACGUUUUUGAAUAGAGUGAUUGAUGUUCUGCUGACCGCUAGAGAGCAAACAUGAAGAUAGGGCUGUCACUGGCCGGGGCUGCCUUCUUCGCAGCCCUUUUAUCCUCCAUAGACGCUCAAGUGGAGCCUCCCUCAAACUUAAAUUUUAAAAUUCUAAAUGAAAACACAGUGGAAAUGUCAUGGAACGCGCCCUCAUCGUGGAUAGAGGGCUACAGAAUACAAGUUGUCUCAGAUGCAGAUGAACCAACUAGGGACUUUACUCUUGAUGCGUAUACCACUACAACCUCAAUCUCUGAUCUGACCCCAGAACUGGACUACUCAGUGUCCAUUAGCUCCUAUUAUGAGUCAGAGGAGAGUAUUCCCAUUUUUGGGCAACUGACCAUCCAGGCCAGUAACACCAGCACACGAGUCAGGAAGCCACAGUCAGAUGCAAUCAAGUGUUCGGUCAGUGCAAUAGCAGAUCUGGUUUUUCUGGUGGACGGUUCAUGGAGCGUGGGCAGAGAAAACUUCAAGCACAUCCGCAGUUUUAUUAGCUCCUUGGCCGGAGCUUUUGACAUUGGCACCGACAAGACGCGGGUGGCUGUGGUUCAGUACAGCACAGAUACACGUACAGAGUUCCCCUUGACCCACUACACCAGAAGAGGAGACCUGCUCCAAGCCAUCAACCUUCUGCCAUACAAGGGAGGAAACACCAUGACUGGCGAUGCCAUAGAUCACCUGCUGAAAAACAUCUUCACGGAGGCAGGCGGCUCCAGAAAACAUUUUCCAAAGGUAGCCAUGAUCAUCACUGAUGGAAAAUCCCAGGAUCCAGUGGAAGAGCAUGCGAAAAGACUUAGGAACAUCGGAGUGGAAAUAUUUGUCCUAGGUAUCAAAGGAGCCGAUGAGGAUGAGCUAAAGGAAAUAGCCUCCACACCUUAUAACAAACACGUCUACAAUGUCCCCAACUUUGACGUGAUCCAGGAAGUUCAGAAAAGGAUCAUAAGAGAAGUGUGUUCUGGUGUCGAUGAGCAGCUCAGCUCUCUGGUCAGCGGAGAAGAAAUGGUGGAGCCGGCGUCUAACCUGCAGGUCACAGAAAUUGCCUCAAAGUCAAUGAGAGUGACAUGGGAUCCUUCUGUGGGCGAGGUCACGGGGUACAAGCUCACCCUGAUUCCCAUGCUACCUGGAAUGAAACGCCAAGAGCUGUACAUAGGACCCACUCAGACAUCCAUCAACAUCCGUGACCUUUCACCCGAGACGGAGUAUGAAAUCAAUUUGUACGCACUCAAAGGUCUGACUCCCAGUGAACCCAUCAUAGCAAUGGAGAAAACCCAGCCAGUCAAGGUGACAACAGAGUGCUCUCUGGGAGUGGACGUUCAGGCUGAUGUGGUCCUACUUGUAGACGGCUCCUACAGCAUUGGAUUACAAAACUUUGCCAAAGUCCGUGCCUUCUUGGAGGUUCUGGUUAAUUCUUUUGACAUCGCCGCAGAUAAGGUCCAAAUCAGCUUGGUCCAGUACAGUCGUGACCCACACACUGAGUUUGCCCUCAACACCCACCAUGAUAUCAAUGCUGUUGUCAAAGCUGUGCGCAGCUUCCCCUACCGCGGCGGCUCCACCAACACUGGCAAAGCCAUGACCUACGUUAGGGAGAAGAUCUUUGUUGCUUCUCGUGGAGCCAGACAAAACGUCCCCCGUGUCAUGGUCCUGAUUACAGACGGAAAGUCAUCUGACUCUUUUAAGGACGCAGCGACCAGACUGAGGAACGUCGAUGUGGAGAUCUUUGCUGUUGGUGUUAAAGAUGCGGUGAGGUCUGAGUUGGAGGCCAUUGCUAAUCCUCCAUCAGACACCCAUGUGUACGAGGUGGAGGAUUUCGAUGCCUUCCAGAGGAUUUCCAAGGAGCUGACUCAGUCCAUCUGUUUGAGAAUUGAACAGGAGUUACUUAACAUCAUAAAGAAAAGUCUGCUUCCACCCAGUGACUUGACGUUUUCUGAAAUUACCUCUAGAAGCUUCCGUGCUUCAUGGGUCCCACCUACUACUGAGGUCCUGUCUUAUCUGCUGCGUUUCCGUAAGGCUGAGGAUGUCACGGGAGACUACAUUUCCAUGGCAGUACCUGGUGAUACCACUACUGCUGUUCUGCCCCACCUUUACCCCCUCACAGCCUAUGAGGUCAAUGUCUUUUCUCAGUACGCCAGAGGAGACAGUUUUGCAUUAACUGGAACAGAGACCACACUUGAAGAGCAAGGCAAGGUACGGAACCUGGAAGUAUCCGAGGAGACAACUAACAGUUUCAGGGUAUCUUGGGAACCUGCUCCAGGUUCAGUGGUCCGAUAUCACCUGACCUACUUUCCACAAAACGAUGCUGGAAACAUUUUGCAGACACAGACUGCUGGACCAGAGACUACCACGGUUCUCACACAGCUUUUGCCCAUCACCACCUACCGAGUGUCUGUGUCUGCCGAAUAUUCCACUGGCCUAGGGGAACAGAUGCAGACCACGGGUAUCACCAAGGAAUUACGCGGCUCUCCCCGAGAUCUCCGCGUCUUUGACGAGACCGUAUCGACGAUGAAACUGGCAUGGCAGGCUGCUCCAGGGAAUGUCCUUCAAUACCGCAUUGCCUAUAAACCUUCUGAGGGUGGUGAGAGGAAAGAGAUAUCUGUCAAAGGGGAUACUACGCAGGCUUUGCUGAAGAACCUCCAACCAGCCACAGAAUAUGAGCUGUUUGUCAGUGCUCGCUAUCCUUCUGGUGUAGGCGAUCCUCUUCUGGGAACUGGGACAACCCUAGAAGAGCUCGGUUCACCCCGGGACUUAGUGACCAGCGAUGUCACUGACACCAGUUUUGCCGUGUCCUGGACUGCGGCUCCCGGUAACGUCCGUCAAUACCGCAUCAAAUGGAAAUCUCUGUUUUCUGAGGAGGAGGGUGAAAAGACAAUACCUGGAGGCCAGACCGCCACCGUUCUGGACGGCCUUACACCAGAGACACGCUAUCAGGUGUCUGUGUUCGCUGGUUACGGUCGUGGAGAAGGCCAGCCACUGGCCGGAGAGGAAACGACAGACAUCUCGGCCGCUGGCAGAGCGAUUGCAGUCUCAGAAGAAACUGAGAAGAGCAUGAGAGUAACCUGGUCAGCAGCACCUGGAAACGUGGUCAACUAUCGUAUCACGUACAAACCACAGGCCGGAGGUCGCCAGCUAGCGGCGAAGGCGGCCGGAGGCACCACUACCACCGUGCUGAGGCGCCUCACUCCCCUCACUACCUACGACAUCAACGUCGUGCCCGUGUACCGUUCUGGAGAAGGCAGAGAAAGGCAAGGAGUAGGAACAACAUUGUCACCUUACAAAGGUCCUAGAAACCUGCAAACCUCUGAGCCCACCAGGACUAGUUUCCGUGUAACCUGGGACCCCGCCCCUGGUGAGGUUAGGGGAUACAAGGUCACCUUCCACCCUGCAGAGAAUGACAUUGACCUGGGAGAACUUUUGGUUGGUCCCUAUGACAAUACUGUGGUCUUAGAGGAGCUCAGAUCUGACACCAAAUACUCAGUGAAUGUGUUUGGCAUGUUUGAUGGAGGAGAGAGUGUGCCAUUGGCUGGAGAGGAGAAAACCACACUUAAAGAUGACCCUGACACUUCAUAUUUGCCGCCAACUGAUGUGACCUGUAGGACCACUUCACAGGCAGACAUCGUUCUGCUGGUGGACGGUUCAUGGAGUAUCGGACGUCUGAACUUCAAGACCAUUCGCGCCUUCAUCGCCCGUAUGGUGGGAGUCUUCGAAAUUGGUCCAGAAAGGGUCCAGAUUGGCCUUGCCCAGUACAGUGGGGAUCCCAAGACUGAAUGGCACUUGGAUGCCCAUAAAACCAGGGAAUCGCUGCUGGAUGCUGUGGCCAACCUGCCCUACAAAGGAGGAAACACUUUGACUGGCUUGGCUUUGAACUACAUCCUUCAAAACAACUUUAAAGAGAACGUGGGGAUGCGACCCAAAGCGCUGAAGAUCGGUGUGUUGAUCACUGACGGCAAAUCCCAGGACGACGUCAACGUCAACUCUCAGAGUCUGCGCGACCAGGGCAUCGAGUUGUACGCCGUCGGUGUGAAGAACGCUGAUGAGAACGAGCUGCGGUCCAUCGCCUCAGACCCCGAUGACAUUCACAUGUACAACGUGGCCGAUUUCUCGUUCCUGUUCGACAUCGUGGACAGACUCACCGACAACCUUUGCAACAGUGUCAAAGGAGCAGGAGGCGCACCUGAUGCCCCCACCAACCUGGUUACAUCUGAUGUGACCCACCACUCAUUCAGAGCCACCUGGACUGCUCCCGAAGGCCCUGUGGAGCAAUACCGCGUGGAGUACAUGACGGUGUCUGGCCAACCACAACAGGUGCUUGUUGAUGGUUCUCAGACCACAGUUGUCCUGCAGAAGCUCAACCCACUGACCCAGUACAUGGUCAAUGUCUACGCUGUGACGGGAGGAGAGAGCAGUGAGCCUCUCAGGGGAACUGAGACCACACUGCCCCUGAGCGCCGUGAGGAGGAUGGAUAUCUACGACGAGCAGGUCACUACCAUGCGUGUUCGAUGGGAGGAGGCGCAAGGAGCCACCGGCUACAUGCUGCUCUACAGCGCCAUCAACGCCACCGAGCCCUCCGUCGAGCAGGAGCUCAGAGUGAGAGGAGACACGACUGAUGUCCAGCUGGUGAAGCUGCUCCCCAACACGGAGUACUCUCUGUCCCUGUUCGCCCUACAUGGAGAAUCAGCCAGUGAACCACUCACCAAGAGGGGAGUCACCCUGCCUAUGCCACCACUAGGUGAACUGAAGGUCCGCGAUGUUACCCACAGCACCAUGUGGCUUUACUGGGACGCCGCUCCAGGUCCCGUUCGCCAGUACAUUGUGACCUACAAGUCCGAGGAUGGAGAUGUGAAACAGCUGGAAGUCAGAGGCGACGUGACCACCACGCAGCUGCAGAACCUAAUUUCACAGACGGAGUACGCUCUGUCCGUCACUCCGGUCUAUGACGAGGGACGCGGACAAACCAUGCUGGCAGAUGCUGUUACCGAUGUGGUUCCUGCACCAAAGAACUUGCGGUUCUCUGAAAUUACCCAGACGAGCUUCAGGGCAACCUGGGACCACGGAGCCCCUGAUGUUGCGCUGUACCGCAUUGGAUGGAGCAAGAGGGGAGAGAAUUCUUUCCAAUAUGCCAUUCUUAACAACGACGAGACCACAAACGUCCUGGUGGACCUGGAGCCGGACACGCCUUACGACGUGACCGUCACCGCCAUUUAUCCAGAUGAAUCAGAGAGCGAGGAUCUGAUGGGCAACGAGAGAACACUGCCCAGGCAACCUGAUAGCAGACUGCCCAAUGCUGCUCCUACUGACUUGGUUGUGUUCAACGAGACCACCACCACGCUGAACGCCAGGUGGAAUCCAGCUUCAGGCCGUGUCCAGAACUACAGGAUCACUUAUGUGCCCACAUCUGGAGGCAGGAGCCAGACAACUCAGGUUGGAGGCAAAAAGACCACGGUGUUGCUUCCAAAGCUGACCCCUGACACUGAGUACUCCAUCUCUGUGGUGGCCGUCUACGCCCGGGGAGUCAGCGGCGAGCUGAACGGCCUCGGAAAAACCAAACCCCUGGGCGGCGUCAGGAACCUGAGGGUGACCAACCCCACCACCAGUACCCUUGAUGUCCACUGGGAGCCCGCCGAGGGAAACGUUCGCCAGUAUAGGAUCUCCUAUGUUCCUGCACGUGGAGGAAAGGAGGAGAUGGUGCAGGUAUCAGGCAACACCCACAACACGGUGCUGCGGAACCUUGACUCCGACACCGUCUACAUAGUCACUGUGGCUCCUGUGUACACGGCCGGCGAGGGACAACGUCUAUCUGAGAAUGGCAAAACAUUGGAGCGCAGUCCUGUGAGGAACAUCCAAGUUUUCAACCCCACUACCAACACCCUCAAUGUUCGCUGGGAGGCUGCAACUGGACCAGUCCAGCAAUACAAGGUCAUCUACUCACCCGUGACUGGAGUCAGACCCCCGGAGUCGACCUUGGUACCAGGGACCACAACCACAGCCCUGCUGCAGCAGCUGGUCCCAGACACAGAGUACAAUGUGGGCGUGGUUGCCGUGUACAGCGACGGCGAAGGACCCAUCAUUGCAGAAGAGGGAAAGACACUGCCCAGAGGUGGUCCCAGAAACAUGAACGUUUACGACCCCACCACCAGCACCCUCUCUGUAACCUGGGAACAUGCGGACGGCCCCGUCAUGCAAUACCGCAUCACAUACGCUCCAACUGUAGGAGAUCCCAUUGAUGAAUAUACAACAGUGCCAGGAAACAAAAACAAUGUCAUCCUGCAAAACCUGGAUCCAGACACGCCUUAUAACAUCAAAGUCACCGCAAUCUAUUCCGAUGGACCCGGAGGAGAACUGGAAGGAGACGGACACACACUUGGCAUGCUGGGCCCCAGGAACCUCCGUGUGUCAGACGAGUGGUACACCCGCUUCAAGGUGUCCUGGGAUGCUGCUCCCUCCAGGGUCAAUGGCUACAAGCUCGUCUAUCAGCCCGAGGGCUCUGAUGAGUCCAUGGAGGCGUAUGUUGGAGACGUGACCACCCACCAACUGCACAACCUGAAACCUGGAACAACCUAUGACGUGAAGGUGCUGGCGCAGUACAACACAGGCUUCAGUGAGCCUUUGGUCGGACAAGGAACCACAUUGUACCUGAACGUCACGGACCUUCACACCUACGACGUUGGCUACGACUCCUUCUGCAUCCGUUGGGCUCCUCACAGAGCGGCUACCUCUUACAGGCUGAAGGUCAAUCCUUUUGACUCCUCAAAGAGGGGGGCGCAGGAGGUCACCGUACGAGGCUCGGAGAGCAAUUACUGCUUCGAUGGUCUGUCUCCAGACUCACUCUACAACGCCACUGUGUUCACUCAAACCCCCAACAUGGAGGGACCUGGAGUGAGCGUCAAGGAGAGGACACUGGUUAAGCCCACAGAGAGGCCCACUGAGCCCCCCACUCCUCCUGCUCCAGCCACUGCCCCCCCUGCUCUGGAUGUGUGUAAAGGUGCCAAGGCCGACCUGGUCUUCCUCAUCGACGGCUCCUGGAGUAUUGGAGAUGAGAGCUUCGCCAAAGUCAUUCAGUUUGUUAAGAGCAUGACCGGAGCCUUUGACGUCAUCAGCCCGAAGGGAAUGCAGGUUGGAUUUGUUCAGUACAGUGAUGAUGCCAAGACAGAGUUCAAGCUGAACACCUACCAUGACAAGGGCGUGGUGUUGUCAGCUCUGGAGAAGGUUCGCUACAGAGGAGGAAACACGAAGAUAGGAAUCGCUCUGAAGCACGUCUACGAGAGAGUGUUCACCUCGGAUGCAGGGAUGAGGAGGAACGUCCCCAAGGUGCUGGUGGUGGUCACUGAUGGACGCUCCCAGGAUGACGUCAAGAAGAACGCAGAAAAGCUGCAGCAGGCCGGCUACAGUGUGUUUGUGGUUGGAGUUGCUGAUGUUGACGUAGCAGAGUUGAGACUCAUCGGCAGCAAGCCCAGCGAGAGACACGUGUUUUUGGUCGACGACUACGAUGCCUUCGAUAAGAUCCAGGACAACCUGAUCACCUUUAUCUGUGAAACGGCGACCUCUACCUGCCCCCUGAUUUACAUCAAUGGAUUCACGACACCUGGUUUUAGGAUGCUGGAGGCCUUCAACAUCACAGACAAAAACUUUGCAGGGAUGAACGGUGUGUCCAUGGAACCAGGCUCCUUCAACAGCUUCAUCGCCUACAGGCUGCACAAGGACGCCUUCUUGAAGCAGCCCACCAAGGAGGUCCACCCCGAGGGUCUUCCACCAUCUUACACCAUUGUCCUGCUCCUCCGCCUGCUGCCCGACACACCCAACGAGCCUUUCGAUAUCUGGCAGAUUUCGGACAAAAACAACAACCCUGAAGUCGGACUGACUGUCAAUCCUUCCAGUAAAACAAUCACAUUCUACAAUAAGGACACCCGAGGAGAGAUCCAGAAAGCCACGUUUAAUGAGGAGCAAGUGAAGCGGGUUUUCCAUGGGAGCUUCCACAAGCUGCACAUCAGCGUUUCUCCAGAAAAAGUCAAACUCAACCUGGACUGCCAAGAGGUUGCGGAAAAGCCGAUCAAAGAGGCCAACAAUAUCACACUUGAAGGGACUGAAGUGCUUGGCAAGAUGGUGAAGUCUGGAGGCGGAAGAAAGCAAUCUGCAACAUUCCAGCUCCAGAUGUUUGACAUUAUCUGCAGUUUGAGCUGGAUGAACCGGGACAAGUGCUGCGAACUGCCCGCCACGAGAGAUGAAGCCAAAUGUCCAGCCCUACCUCACUCAUGCACGUGCACACAGGACAGCAUCGGCCCUCAGGGGCCACCUGGACCUUCGGGCGGCCCAGGUUCUAAGGGACCACGAGGAGACCGAGGAGAAUCUGGCAAACCUGGUCCAGUGGGUCCACGUGGUGAGUCAGGACCCCCAGGCUCAAUGGGACCACCUGGCCCUCAAGGUCCUAACGGACUAUCUCUACCUGGAGAGCCUGUAAGUGUACCCAGACUCUACACACCAUAUAUAUUUAUAUGUACAUAUAUAUAUGAAGCGUGGCCAAUUAAAACAUCACACAGGAGUAUGAGGUGGAGUUAAUGCACUUUCCUUCACGAGUGUUCUGUACGUGUGGGUAUAAAAGUUGGGAGUGAGAGUGGUGGAGCAGCUGAGGAGCAGAUCUGUGGAAGAUUUACAGCUACAGUUAAAACACAUCACACUCCCAGCUAUAGGCAGCGAGGCCGCUCCUCUGUUUUCUUAC